AUGCUGCUGCUCGAGUCCGGGGUGCGCUUCCACACGACAAAGUUCACGCACACGAAGUCGGACAUGCCGUCCGGGUUCAGCAUGAAGCUGAGGAAGCACAUCCGCACCCAGAGACUGGAAGACGUCCGGCAGGUGGGCAUGGACAGGGUCGUCGACUUCAAGUUCGGCAGCGGGAAAGCGUCCAACCACGUCAUCCUCGAGCUCUACGCGUCAGGUAACAUCAUCCUGACGGACUCCAAGUACGAGAUCCUCGACCUCCUAAGAACGCACAUCUACGAAGGCCAGGGCGGCGGGGCCGCCGGCGGCAGCGGCGCCACUGGCGGCGCUGGAGACAACGUGAGAGUCGCGGUGAGGCAGAUCUACCCGAUGGAGCUCGCCACCACUCAGGAGGGAACGACAGCGGUACCGCAACUGCCACCUUCUUCGUCCUCGGACCGAGCGGCGGCGGCGGCGGCGGCGGCUUCUUCUUCUUCCGUGGAGGAUUCCGCGGCGAGAUACGGCCGGGUGGCGGCGCCAGAAGACCAGCAGCGGGAAGAAGAGGCACCGGGAGCGUUCGUCAACGGCACGCCGCUCGAGGUCGGGGUGCGGCGGAUGAGCGAGUGGCUGGAGCGCGCUGCAGCGGCGGCGGCAGCGCCUCCCCCGGUUCUUGCUGCCCCGCUCCCGCCCGCUCCUCCAGUCGGCGCGAUGGACGCCGGAGGGGAUAACCCCGCCGCCGUUGCCGCCGCCGCCGUUGCCGCCGCGGACGGAGCAAACGGCGGAGGCGGUGGAGGGAAGAAGAAGGGCGGCGGCACCAAGAAGCCGAAAAAAGCGACGCUCAAGCAGGCGUUGAUGCAGAAGGGUUCCGGGGUGUCGGUGUACGGGCCCUCGAUCAUCGAGCACUGCGUGCUGGCGGCGGGGCUGAGGCCCAACGCCAAGCUUACACCGGACGGCAGCAGCGGUGGCGUCCACGCAGCAGCAGCAGCAGCAGCAGCCGGUGGGGCUGGGGCUGCUGCGUGCAGCGGAAACGGCGGCGAGCUGCGUGCGGGUUUGUCCGAGGACGAUGUGCGGGAGCUGGUCGUUGCGCUCGGAGGGGCGGAGGCGAUCGUCCAGCAGCUCGACCGCCCAGGGCAGCGGGGCUACAUCCAGUGCAAACCCCUGCCGGCACCGGCACCGGCACCGGCACCGGCGGCACCGGCGGCGGCGGCGGCGGCGGGGAGCCCUGUUGACGGCGAGAGAAAGGGGGCGAAGGCGGCGGCGGUGGCGGCGACGACGGCCACAGAAGGAGGAGCAGGGCGGGGGAAGGAGGAGGAGGGCGAGAGGAAAGUGAAGCAGGGCGAGACGGAGGAGGGCGGCGACCACGUGGUCUACGAGGAGUUCUUGCCGCAGCUCUUGGCCCAGCACGAGGGCGGCGCGGUUAUCCACUCCUUUGCGUCGUUCGACCAGGCCGUUGACGCGUUUUUCGGCCGCAUCGUGGAGCAGAAGCUCAAGCAGACGGCGAUGGCGGCCGAAGCGGCGGUGGAGAGGAAGGUAGCGUGGAUCAGGAAUGACCAGGAGCGGAGGGUGCUCGCCCUGGAGGAGCGGCAGGAGAAGAUGCUCCGGCACGCGCAGCUCGCCGAAGCCUGGGCGGACGAAGUGGAAAAGGCGCUGAUGGUGGUCCGGAGCGCCCUGGCUAACGGUAUGGACUGGCAGGACCUUGAGGAUCUGGUCAAGGCCGAGACGGCCAACGGCAACCCCAUAGCCUCCCUCAUCCACGAGCUGCGGCUCGAUCGGAACCAGGUCGUCCUGUCCCUCCCUACUGCUGAGGAUGGCGAGGACGACCAGCUGGUGGAGGUGGACAUCAUGCUCUCGGCCCACGCCAACGCCCGCGUCAUGUACGAGAACAAGAAGCUCGCCAGGGCGAAGGAGCUCAAGACUCUCACGGCUUCGGAGAAAGUUCUCAAGAUCGCCGAGCAGCAGGCGGAGAGGACACUGCAGCGUCAGGCUCACAAGCGGAGCCUCCAGGUGGCUCGCAAGGUGUACUGGUUCGAGAAGUUCAACUGGUUCAUCUCGUCCGAGAACUACCUCGUCAUCAGCGGCAGGAACGCCCAGCAGAACGAGGUGGUGGUGAAGAAGUACCUGAGGCCCGGAGACAUCUACGUGCACGCCGACCUCCACGGCGCCUCCUCCUGCGUCGUCCGGAACAAGGACCCUUCCGGAAAGAGGGCGGUGUCGCCGCUGGCCCUGGAAGAGGCGGGCUGCAUGACCGUUUGCAGGAGCGGGGCCUGGGGGGCCAAGAUGGUCACGUCGGCGUGGUGGGUCUACGCUGAUCAGGUUAGCAAAACCGCGCCUACGGGAGAGUACCUCGUCACCGGUUCCUUCAUGGUCAGGGGACGGAAGCACUUCCUACCUCCCCGAGCCCUGGAGAUGGGCUUCGCUCUCCUCUUCAAGCUCGACGACUCCUGCUUGGCGGCGCACGCGGGGGAGCGAAGGCCCGCCCGCUUCGACGCGCCCGUGGGACUUGACGGCAAGCGAGGGGACGGAACUACGGCCGACGACGCUGAGGGCGGCGACAUCGACGCUGCCAACCGCAGAGCGGCCGCCCUUGCUGCGUUGGCGGGAGGACCGGGGACCGGCGGCGGCGGCGGCGGCGGUGGUGGGGGCUCGAAGCUAACUUGGGCAGCAACGUGGGCCCCCCCCGGAGGGCGGGGAGAACGAGGAGGAGGGGGCGAGGCGGGGGCGAGGUUGGUGGCGGCACCAGAAGCCCCCAAGAAGAGAAUGUCGGCAAACGUCCCACGCGGCAAGCGGAGCAAGCUGAAGCGCAUGAAGAAGAAAUACGCGGAGCAGGAUGACGACGACCGAAAGCUCGCGAUGGAGGCUUUGGGGAAGGGCCCGCCUCAGGAAGACGGGGACACUGGAGGCGGCGGUGGUCGCAGGCGGUUCCUGAGACCGGGAGACAGGGCCGAAGCAGCGGCGGCGGAGGCGGCGGCGGCAGCGGCGGCGUCGAAAAAUCUCCGGAAGACGGAGGCUGAGCUAGCGGCGACUGUGGCGGCCCUCGACGCCGACGUUCGGGGCAGGCUGUCUGAGCUCGUUAAGCCCGACGAGCUCGACCCGUUCGAGGUCCGAGCAUUGGGGAAGUUCGACACUGCCGACGCACUCGAUAUUCUCGACCGGUUUGCCGAGGCAGACCUUCGCAGGGUGCGCAACCGGAGCGGCUUCCUGGCCGGCAUCAUGCGGAAGCACGGCUCUGCGUCCACGGCUGCGGCCGAAUCCGCCGCCCCUGCCGCCGCGGCAACGCUACCACCACCACCACCACCACCACCACCACCAGAAGAAGAAGAAGAAGAAGAAUCGGCUACAUCGGUAUCAGCAUCAGCAGGAGAAGCGGCGGAGGCGGCUACCACGGGCGUGUCUCCGCCGGCCCCGCCUACGGAAGACGAGGGGGAGGAAGGAAAGAGGCAGGCGGCAGGAGAAGCGUCCCCCGUGGAGGGAGGGGACGAGGCGCCCGUGGUGGCAGAGGAGGAGGAGGAAGAGGAGGGGGCCGGAGGCGGCGGUAGCGACGGCGACGAGGCAGGAAGCCAUGGCGGCGAGAAAGCAGCGGGGGAACGCGAGGGAGACGGGGAGCAGCGGGAUGCUGCGUCUAGAACGGAGGACCAGGAAGCAGGAGGAGAAGAAGAGCCUCUCAGCCGCCGAGCACAGAAGAAGCGAGAGGAGGAGGAGGUCCGGAAGCUUCUGGAAGAGGAGGGGGCCGCCGGCGAAGACUUCGACGGCGGCGGCGAUGGCGGUGGCGUGAGCGAGCUCGACAGGCUCACCGGCAAGCCUCGGGACGAGGACGUCCUGCUGUUUGCCGUCCCCGUCUGCGGGCCGUACAUGAGCUUGCGCGACUACAAGUACAAGGUGAAGCUGACUCCCGGCAAGCAGAAGCGCGGGAAGGCCUCCAAGCAGGCGAUAGAGGUGUUUUCGAGAUCCAGAGACACGCCGGCCUCCCAGAAGGGACUGAUGAAGGGUAUCACGGACAACGAGUGCGUCGCGGCCAUGAUCGGAGAUGUCAAGGUGGCGGUGGCCGGGCUAGCCCAGGCAACCCAGGCGAAGAAAAAGGCCAACAAGAAGAUCGCGCAGCGUGAUCCCCAGAAGUCUGCCAAGCAACCUAAAGGCAAGGGUGGUAAAGGCAGCAAGGGGAAGAAGUAA